ACUGGACAUAUCUGAGACUGUGAGGAGAAACCAGAAGACGUAGAGGAUGUUUUUAUUUAUGACGAACGGCACUUUACCACUAAAGACAGGGCAGGUUUCUCACCACAAAGAGCUCGUGCCUCAGCCGGCCUGGAUGGAGGUCGAUAAAUCCAAGGAGGAGAAGACGAGCAGUCAAGCACUGGACAGAAAACCUGCAGCUGUGAAUCCAGAGGUCAGCGUGAAGCAGACGCCCUUCGCGAGAGCCGUCUAUGACCUCGGCCACAAGGAGAAGCUUGUCAAUGAUCUCACCUUCGGCAAACGGAUCGGCUUUUACGAGCUUCGUGGGGAAAUUGGCAAUGGAAACUUCUCUCAGGUCAAACUCGGCAUUCAUGACCUGACCAAUGAAAGGGUAGCUGUUAAGAUCCUGGAUAAGUUGCGUCUGGACAAGCGCUCGCAGAGGUUGUUCUCGUCUGAGAUACGCUGCAUGGAGAGACUGUCCCACCCCAACAUCGUGCGUCUGUAUGAGGUGGUGGAGACGUUUCGCAGGCUUCAUCUGGUGAUGGAGUACGCGCCUGGAGGAGAGCUGUUCUCCAGGAUCGCCACCAGAGGACGCCUGUCUGAUCUGGAGAGUAAACUGGUCUUCUCUCAGAUACUGUCUGCUGUCAAACACAUGCAUGACAACAACAUCAUCCACCGGGACCUGAAGGCUGAAAAUGUCUUCUACACCACCACAUACGGCAUCAAAGUGGGUGACUUUGGCUUCAGUGCUGAAUGCAAACCCACUGACAUCCUCACCACCUUCUGCGGCUCUCCGCCUUACGCCGCCCCUGAACUCUUUCGGGACGAGGGUUACAUCGGACCGCUGGUGGACAUUUGGGCUCUGGGCGUCCUGCUGUACUUCAUGGUGACGGCCACGUUCCCCUUUAACGGCUCGAGUCUGAGACGACUGCGCUUCUGCAUCCUCAGAGGUUCCUACGCGUUUCCUGCGUACGUGCCUGACGCCUGUCAGUUUGUGAUUAAGGGCGCGUUGAGGCUGGUUCCGGCUGACCGUAUAUCCCUGGCACAGAUCAUGUCCAGCGCGUGGCUGAGGGGGAUCGAGUACGCGCAGCCGUACCCACCUGCUCCUCCCACACCUGCGCACCUGACCGACGCCUCACGGACGCUCUCCGCCGACGAGCGCUCGGUCAAACUCGCGCUCGAGGAGUUGGGAAUCACCGAGAUUCACCUCAGGAACAACAAGGUAUUGGAUUGCCGAAGCCCUCUGACCGGGAUCUACCGGAUACUUCUGCACCGAAUCCAGAGGAGCAGAUCCGUAGAGCCGGCGGGAUACACUGCGCUCUGUCCCGGCAGGAGAUGGUCUCACCCUACGACUGUCCCCAUAAAACAAGCGCAGUCCGCCGUCUGUGCGAUCUUAUAGACAGCAUUCAGACAUACAGAACCAAAUAUGAUUGAAUGCUCUUUCUGUGCAUUUUUUUUUUUUUUGGAAGGGUUUUUGAGCUAUUUAAUGUGUUUCAGUGUUGAUAAAUUGCAUGGCAAGCUUAAUUAAUUAAUUUUAAUAAGCGCAGACACACUGGUUGAUUUUUUUAUACCGCAUAAUUUUACAAGCCUUAUGCUUCAAAUAUUAACUUUUUCAACUAAUCGUCAUUUGCUGUAAAACUUUAUUACUUGAUAAAUAAAUAUAUUAAUACAUAUUCCAUAAAUCUUAUUAGGCUACCUUAGCAUUUAUGGGAUAUUUCAGUUGAAAUUUAAUGAAUGAUAUUUAAUCACUUGAAAAAGGGAAAAAUAUAAUAUAACACAAUAUAUAUAUUUUUUUAUUAAUACAGUGCAUAUAUUAUCUAUUAAUAUGUCAACUAAUAAGAUUUUUUUUUAUUUAUAUUAAUACAAAUAAUUGUUAAAAAAUUAUAAAAAUAGUUAUUCAAGACAAAUUCUCCAGUUUGUUUUUAUUAAGAGGUGCACGUUUGAGCAGCAUGACGUCAUAUUGCUCAGAAAGUCAAUGCUUGAUAAUCGUUUAGGUUUUCUGGGGAUUAAAAAAAAGAAGUAGUAGUUAAUGGUUUUUAUCAUUGCAGGGUGGUUGUGUCCACACACUGCUAAGACACAUUUAUAUGCAAAUAUGCAAAUAUUUAUAUGCAUCCGAUGUCCAAUCAGUGUUG